AUGGCGACGCUUGAAGAAAUCUCGCAGCUUGGGCAGAGCCUUCUCAGAACACAAUAUUGCAGAGGAGAAAAGUUGCAGACCUUCGAGCUUGCAGAGGACAGUUGCGUUGACAGGUUAUCGUUCGACGUGCAGGUGACCGUUUGGGCGAAGUGCCACGACGGGGGCAGAAGGAUUGAUCUAGGGCCGUCCGAUCCGAGUGUCUUGACGAUGGGCGAUCAUCACAAGGCCAGCCGAGUGUGGGCUGAUGGGCAUGCGGAGCCCCUGUGCUGCCGAGGGGGCACGCAGUUUGCCGAGCGUUGGUUAGAGGCAGACCCCCGCAUUGUCCAGCUGAUACGCGAUGCGGGAUUUUAUGGCAUUUAUUGGAUUGCUCAUAUCCAGCUUGAUUGGCAUCUUGUCACAUCAUUGGUGAAGCGAUGGAGACCCGAGACGCACACGUUCCACCUACCUCAUGGCGAGGCCACCGUCACAUUACAGGACGUAGCUGUUUUGUUCAGGUUGCCGAUUGAUGGGCGAGCUGUCACUGGUCGCACUGCAGGACUAGUGGAGGGACCUACAGACCGUCAGGGUCGACUCGCCCUGCGUACUAUGUGCGAGCGUUUAUUAGACGUUGUUCCGCCUGACAGCGAGUUGGUUGGUGCACGCAUUCGUAUGUGGUUCCUUGAGGGGGAUGCGUUUCGUGAGCUCCCGGCACAUGCAGAUUUUAUAUGGAUGCCCUACAUGGAAGAAAUUUUAGCCGACCUGCUGCCUGCCUAUGCAGACGGGAGGGACCUGGGUAGUUAUUGUUGGGGACGAUCUCCACGGCAUGGAUGGGCGCGGUCGAGGGGUCACAGACUGGUCGAGUACACACGCGAUAUUCGUCACUGCGUGGGAGCAUCGGCGAGACUACAUCGUACGAGGAGUGGCGAAGCACAGUCCGAUGCGUCUAGAUGA